CACCCAAAACCGGCCAUACAUAGGCACGUAGCCGCAUCGAACCGGAUCCGAUCCGAUCCGACCCAACCGCGAAUACCUUCUCGUCGAAGAAGCAUCGAAUCGAUCGAGAGAGACCGCGUGACCAUCCGCGGAGUUCGUCGUCGUCUUCGCCUUCGUCUUCUCCAUCCACCACCGCGCUCGGCGAGGCGAUCCACCGGCGGCGAGGAGAGGCGCGCGGGAGCGGCCGGAGAUGGCGGAGAACCCGCAGCUGUUCGGGAACGGGAUGCUGGUGCCCUUCUACGGCGAGAUGUUCGUCCUCGCCCGCGACGGCGUCGAGUUCCACGUCGACAAGAUCCCCUCAGCUCCUGGUGGUCAUGCGAAAACAAAGGGCACAAUUUACCUGUCAAACAUAAGGAUGGUCUUUGUCGCCAGCAAGCCUGUUGGGAACUUCUUUGCUUUUGAUAUGCCCCUGUUGUAUGUGCAUGGUGAGAAAUUCAAUCAGCCAAUAUUUCACUGCAACAACAUAUCGGGUUUCGUUGAGCCGGUUGUACCAGAGAACCAGAACAGGGCCCUGUACUCGACCCACACUUUCAAGAUCUUGUUCAAGGAGGGUGGCUGUGGUACCUUUGUUCCUCUCUUCCUAAACCUGGUUGCAUCUGUGCGACGCUACAAUCAGUUUGAGGCCCAGUCUGCCGCAAGUAUGGCGCCACGUGUGGACCCGCUACAAGCUGUUCAGACUCCUGUUGAUGAUAUGAUGCGUCAUGCGUAUGUUGAUCCGAACGAUCCUACAAAGAUUUUCCUUCAGCAGCCUGCGCCAGAGUCACAGCUGAGGAGGAGAAACUACCACGGACGGGCUGACAAUGCGUACUAGUGUUCUUACCUGAUUGCAAAGAACCCAUAUGUUCGAGCCUAUGAACAUAUGGAUUUCGGCCUCUAGUCGCGUAUCAUGCUAUUACGUGGGUGUGAAAUGAAAGCUUCAUGUUGCCCAGAAACCUAUUGUAUAUCUUUUAUGCCAUAUUCAGUUGCAUAUCUCAAUAAUGGUGUACAUAUUCCGUAGUCCUCUGGACUUGGUGCAAAAAAUGGUUUAUUUGAUCCCAUGGUGUAUGGAAUUAUCAUUGCUCGUGCCAGCUUGUAAAUCACAGAAACAAUACGAUUAUUGCUUGUGUUAGGGAUUCUUUUUUCUUUGGUCACAGGGGAGACUGAAAACA